UUGAAAUUGAAGUCAAUAUUUUAUUCGACUUGUCGCUAUGCAUAUAUUUCAAAACUAGAUGAUAAAAUUAUUUAUUGGUGAUUCCAUAUUGGUAGUUUUGAUCAUGACGUUGAACGUGUAUGUUGUGUUUAUACAAAUUAUAUCAAUUAAUUAUGCUCUGGGACAAUUCGAUCCUCAUUUUACUGGAAAUAAAAAUGUAAUUGUGAAUUUGUUUGAGUGGAAGUGGUCUGAUAUUGCCAAAGAAUGCGAAAACUUUCUUCAAUAUAAUGGAUAUGGAGCAGUACAGACCUCACCUCCUAACGAAAAUUUGAUCCUACCCAACAGACCUUGGUACGAAAGAUAUCAGCCGGUCAGUUAUAUUUUGAAAACUAGAUCAGGUAAUGAAGACGAUUUCAAAGAUAUGACAAAGCGAUGUAAUGCAGUAGGAGUAAGGAUAUACGCUGACGCAGUUAUCAAUCACAUGGCGGCAGCUGAUGGUGUCGGAACAGCAGGAAGUAUUUCCAGUUCCAAAGCUGGACAUUUCACUGCAGUGCCUUAUGGGCCCGGAGAUUUUCAUGAAAGAUGCGGGAUUAACAAUUAUCAAGAUCGAGAAAAUGUUAGAAACUGUGAGCUAAAUGAGCUUAGGGAUCUUAAUCACGCCAAAAAGUACGUCAGGGAGAAAAUAUGUGAUUAUCUCAAUAAUUUAGUUGAUAAUGGAGUAGCAGGAUUUAGAAUUGAUGCCGCCAAACAUAUGUGGCCUGAAGAUCUCUAUCAAAUUAUUCAAUGUGUGAAGAAUCUUAGUACAGCGCACGGCUUCAAACCUAAUGAACGCCCUUUUGUGUAUCAGGAAGUUAUUGACUUGGGAGGUGAAUCAUCUAAAGCAACAGAUUAUACACACAUUGGAGCUAUAUUAGAAUUCAAAUAUUGCUCAAAAUUAUCAAACAUAUUCAAGGGAAAUGAUAAAUUGACUUAUUUAUCUGGAUGGGGAGUCCCUUGGGGCUUUUUGGACAAAGGUAUCGCCGUUGUAUUUGUAGAUAAUCAUGAUAAGCAGAGAGAAGAGGGUCACUUAACAUAUAAAAAUAGUAAAAAGUACAAGAUGGCUAACGCGUUUAUGUUAGCUCAUCCGUAUGGGAUUCCUAAAGUGAUGUCUAGCUACGCUUUCGAUAAUAGUUUUCAAGGCCCACCCAAAGACAUUAACCACAAUUUGCUAUCUCCAAUUACUGCUAAGAAUACUUGUGGAAAUGGAUAUAUUUGUGAACAUCGUUGGAGACAGGUUUAUAAUAUGGUUAAAUUUAAAAAUCUAGUCGGCGACUCUCCAAUAACAAAUUGGUGGUCGAAUGGCGAUCAACAAAUAGCUUUCUCUAGAGAUAAAAUUGGUUUUGUUGCAUUCACCAAUUGGGGAGACCUAAAAGCGAAACUACAAACAGGUCUUCGUAAGGGAAAGUAUUGUGAUGUAAUAUCGGGCGAUGUUGAUAAUGGAAAAUGUACUGGAAAAACUGUUGUAGUCGAACAAGAUGGGAAAGCCGACAUCAACCUAUUGGCAAAUGAUGAAGACGGAGUACUGUGUAUUCAUAUAAAUUCUAGAAUUUCUUAAAACUAAUAACAUUCAAUAAAAAUUUUUUAGAUUUCUCAAA